AUGCCUAACGCAAAGCAACUUGGUAGCGUCAAGGACUCCAUGAUCAGCUACCACAAUGAUCAGGCCAAGGAGCACUAUUCAAAGUACAAGUCCAACAUGAGCUCCUUCCAGAAGACGAACGAGAGACAGGAUCGUCGUGAGGCUUACCGUCAAUUGAGCCAUUAUUCUGAUAACAAGAAGGCGGCCGACACCUGGAAGCGUGUCUGA